AGAGAGAGAGAGAGAGAGGCAGAGAGAGACAGACAGAGAGAGAGAGGGAGGCAGAGAGAGAGAGAGAGAGAGAGAGCGAGAGAGAGAGAGAGAGAGAGAAGAGAGAGAGAGAGAGAGAGAGAGAGAGAGAGAGAGAGAGAGAGAGAGAGAGAG